AACUUCCCAGGAUACUAAAUCCUCUUUGAAUGUAAAAGAUAAGCAGGGGGAAAAAACUGGUCCCUCAGGGAAUGAUCAAAGUCAUGUGACUUUGAAGACUGAAGUAUCUGUGGAGCAAGACGAUGACAUGAUUCCGGAGGAAUCGCUUGAUGAAAAUCAAAUCAUAGAACAAUGCUUAAUACAUGAAUUAUGUUCAUCCAUAUCAUCUGAAAAUAAUGUCAGCUCUACCGAAAUCAUCAGCUCUUGUAUUAGUUUAGAGAAUAUGAUUUCGGUUUCUGCCCAGCACUUAUCUUAUUUAUUUGAAACAGCAAUAAAAUCCAGUCAGCAAGAAAUAUUAGACUGGCACAAUUAUUCCUUUGAAUUUGAGAGCAAGGCAGAUGCUCUUGCAACCGAUGAGACUAAAGUAAAUAUACCUACCGAAUCUUAUGUUUCCCCAAAAAACAAUCCCAAAAUCAACUCUCCGAAGCUCUAUUCAUUAAAGAAAAUGCUAUCGAAAGAGAAGCGUAAAGAGGUUAUUAACAAAUUAACUAUGCAUUUCACUGAUUCUCCAAAGGUAGAUCUAUAUUUUAGUGUAGAUAAGGAGGGUGAGCAUCAGACUGACACUUAUUGGAUUUUUGGUUCACAUUGUUCACUAUGUAGAGAAAAUCAUAUGAGUUUGGAAGACCCAGGGAUCCCAUUCGACGAGGUACUAGAAGCCUAUCCCGAAAAUUCCAAAUUAAUUCAGGAGUUAAAGACUUAA